GCGGGGGCCGCCUCGCGCCCCGGGUAACGGUCGUUAACGGCGCGCGGGGCUGAGGGAGCGCUGAGGGAGCGCUGAGGGACGGGAGCCGCUGACAGCGCGUGUGCCCGCCCGCUGCAGGACCGGAGCCGCCGGACGCGCGCCGUGAGCCCGCGGCGGGGCGGAAAGGCAGAGCCGGCGCUUCGAGGUGACCGAUACAUGCCAGAGAGCGCCUCGGAAGGAGCCGCGAGGGAUUCGUCCCGGCGCCGCUAAAGCUCUCACGCACCCUCUGAUGUCCUUUAAAAUAACGGGCAGCGACGGCAGCGAGCGCCCGGAGCCGCGGCACAGCCCCGCUGAGAUGUCCGCGCCGCUGCUGGACUUCGGCCCCAAGCGGCCCAGCAUCUUCGAGCGGGUCCCGGCGCUGCCCCGGGCGCAGGAGCUGCGGUGCGGCCGAGGCGCCAAGGACUGCGUGCAGCAGCAGAGGCACCAGAGCGGGAGGGUUAAUGGUGGCUACAAUCAUUGUAACUUGAUCUCUGAGAAGAAGAACAUGAUGGACAUGGAGAUGACAAGUAGCUCUGUACCUGUCUGCAGACAAGGACUGUUCAUCCACACAGGAAACCCACUUAUGCGAGACCACCCACUGUCCUGUGAGAGAUUACUUCAUGUUGGUCAGCUGAACCUGACACACUCUGAUAUAAGGUCACCCAGGUUUCAAGACUCAGUAGAUUCUGCUGCUCCAUGCCUGAAUGGAAGUCACCCAGCUCAGCACAUUAAACAAGAAUGUCCCGGUGAUUAUAAGGUUCUGUCUGAGGCUUCCACGCAUAGAAGGAUUACAGAGGGGAUGGAGCUGAGAGCCUCCAGUAGUCUGCAUCCUGAAAUAGACCUAAUGAAUAAUAGCUUCACAAAUUCACUUUCUUCCUACUUGUUUAAUAAUGAACACAGCUCCUCCCCGAGUCCGUUGUCACUUGGCACCCCUCAGCACUCAGCUAGGCUACAAGCAAGCAACCUGAAGAAGAGAUGCAUCUCUGUUGUGCCGUCUUCAGCUGAAGGAAUUGAUAUUACCGCUAUCAUCCGCACAUCACAGACGUCACUGGUCACCUGUGUGAAUGGACUGCGAACUAAUUCAGCUGGCAUUUCCUCUCAUCCCGUGGAGAUCAGUCAUCACAGUGCUCAGAAAUCCUCUCGGCCCCAGUCUUGCUCUCAGCCUGGAAACCCUUGCAGUAUUCCCUCCCCUCCAGCAUGUCUUGUACCUAUAUCCACUGAGUGUGACAGAAGUGACUGUGAGCAGAUACAAAUGCAACAAGUCGAGGAGAAUGGAAGUCUCAGCCUUAUGAUGAAUGGUACUAGCAUUCCUCAUCAAAACACCUCCCACAGCACACAGAAGGUGAGUUUCCUAAAACAAGAACCAGCUGACGAUUAUUCCUCCACCGCUGAUCUUUUCCGACAUCAUCAAGGGCUGCCUCCCCCUUACCACCUACACCAGCAGCUAAGCCAGACCCAAGGGACGCUGCCUCACUUGCACGCCUCUAUGUCUCCGAAAUCCCUUCAGCCCAGUGAAGGGGAUGAGCAGGACCUCGGCAGUGGCAAACAGGUCUGUCGGUGGAUUGACUGUAGUGCCACUUACGACCAACAAGAUGAACUGGUCAGACACAUAGAAAAGACGCACAUUGACCAGAGGAAAGGAGAGGACUUCACUUGCUUUUGGGCAGGCUGUGUCCGCCGAUAUAAACCCUUCAAUGCUCGUUACAAACUGCUGAUUCAUAUGAGGGUUCACUCUGGAGAAAAACCAAACAAGUGCAUGUUCGAAGGGUGCAACAAGGCAUUUUCUAGGCUCGAGAACCUUAAGAUUCACCUCCGAAGUCAUACUGGGGAGAAGCCGUACCUGUGUCAGCAUCCAGGCUGCCAGAAAGCUUUCAGCAACUCCAGUGACCGGGCGAAGCAUCAGCGAACACACCUGGAUACUAAACCGUAUGCCUGUCAGAUUCCUGGCUGCUCCAAACGCUACACCGACCCCAGCUCUCUACGCAAGCACGUGAAAGCUCAUUCAGCCAAAGAACAACAGCUAAAUUCAUGUACUGAUAUCGAACAGGAUGUUCUAAGUGAGUGCUUAGCUAUACAGCAGCUCCACACAUCUUCACAACACAUUUUGGAUGGGAAAUGUGGUAGAUCUGUAGGUCAUCAUGACUUAAUUACAGGCAUGUACAGUGGUUCCAGCGCUAACCAUAAUGGUCCCUCACCAGGUAUAUUGCCGCCUCCUCAUGACAUCCCUUCAAGACACCAUCCUCUUGACUCUGCCCUUUCCAGUCCACAUCACCAUCAGUCGCCAUUGGAGAGUGCCAGGGAAGGGCUGGCUCCCAACAUAAUCUCUCCACUUGUCAGCCCCCUGAAAGCAUUAGUUCCACCUUCCCUAUUGCAGAAACACAGCUCUCCAUCAUCGCACAGCCAAUCACCAAAUGGGCAGCAGUUUUCUGGAAUACCAAAUAAACCAUAUGCUCAGUUUCAAAAUCAAUCAGUACAGCAGGGAUCUCAAGGUUACCAAGGCAGCUUUCACUCAAUACAAAACUGUUUCCACUACGGAGACUGCUACAGAACAAUGGACCAGUCUGUCACCAGUGAUCUGCUAUCAGGGGAAUCCCAUUGCUUUAAUCCUCUGAGACAGAAUGGCUAUCACAUACUCAAUGCACCUUUAGCUUCAACAGGCUAUGACGCAAUCUCUGAAGCACAGUGUGUAUCUGAAGACAUGGUCUCCAAUGGAACCGAUGAGAAUGGAUUUUUCCAAAAUGGCGCCUUUGAUCACUGCUUGAAUCACAUUCCUCCCAUCUAUACAGAUACCUAAGAGCAGUGUUGACCUUACUUCCUUUAUUAUACCUAUAACUGUGUAUGUAAUAACAAAGGUGUUCAAGUACUUUUAUUUAGCCUGUAUCCCUAUAUGUGCUCAUUUAAAUAAACACAUUUACGAAACCAUUUUAUACAUGAAUAGUCUGUAUAAGUAAUAUUGGAACAUGUUCCUUUGCUGUGGCACUUUGAAAUUCAUGCUUUAAGGGAAUGAGGAGCAUUUCAAGCCUCUUGUUUUGUAAGUUCUCUCGAUAAAGUGUAAAUGUAAGUUAUAUAAUAAACUUGUAAAGAGGUUUUUUUUUUUUUUUUUCCUGAAAGGUUUGUUUCAAUUUGAGAAUGUUAGUCCCUUUAAUCAGUUUUCAUUUAAAUCACUGGUCAAUUCUAAAAGGUUUUUUUUUUAAUCACAGACCUCAUGUAUAUAAAAUCUUCAUUUGCUCAGCUUGUUUUAUAUUUUCAAUUUUACAAGAAAGCAUUAAAAACUGGAAACAAGU